CUGCGCACCUACGUCACUCGCUCUCUUUCAGGGAAGAGGAAGAGCGCGAGAUAGGAAUACAAGAGCGCGGACAGACGGGCGCGCAGCUACAGUUGGAUGGGUGCAUUAGCCGUUGCUCAAAACAUCAGAGAGCCACCAAAACCCACCUCUGGCCGCACAUAGACGCAACAGGCAGCCGAAGAGAAAAAACAAAACAUUGAUGUACGUGUCAUACAGGGGCAGUUCGACAAGCCGUCUGGUCGUAAACAACAGAAAAACGGGUGGGACAUGUCCUGGCGGCCGCGCGGCGAGGAUGGGGAGGACACCAUGCAUCCUGACACUGACUCGGAUGUAGCAGAGCAGAGGGAGGGUGGCAAAGUGAAAGUGAAGUGGACACAAGAGGAGGAUGAAAACCUGAAGGCACAAGUUCAAAAACUGGGGCAGAAUAACUGGAAAAAUGUAGCCAUGCACAUACCAAAUCGCACUGAACACCAGUGUCAGCACCGCUGGUUUAAGGUUUUGGAUCCCGACUUGAUUAAAGGCCCAUGGACUAAAGAAGAAGACGACAAGGUCAUCGAGCUUGUAAAUGUCUACGGAAACAAACAGUGGGCAGUGGUCGCCAAGCAUCUGAAGGGAAGGCUUGGUAAGCAGUGUAGAGAGCGCUGGCACAACCACCUCAACCCCAGUGUGAAGAAAUCUUCAUGGACGGCCGAGGAGGACCUCAUCAUCUACAAGGCUCACUGCCUGCUCGGAAACCGCUGGGCUGAGAUUGCAAAGCUGCUGCCAGGAAGGACUGAUAAUGCGGUGAAGAAUCACUGGAAUUCAACCAUUAAGCGCAAGGUCGAAAUGGGCUUCUACACACGGGAGGAUUUUACGCUGCGUGAGGUCGAAGAACUGUUAGCCCGUGUUAAAGAUGUCCAGAUGCUCAAUGGCUGUCAAGAGGGUGCUGGUCGCGACCCAGGGCAGGAGACGCAUCCCCCAUUCCAAGGAAUGUCAGACUCAGCCGCUGUUAAUGGAGACCCCAACGAGGAGGCAGGUCCUUCGCCUAUAGCCCCCUCCCCAAAAGAUGGUUCCAGUCUCAUGUCUGAAGCGGACAACAUGGGAGAGAUGAAUUAUACCAGCUGGGUGGUGGACAACUCUGGCUUUCUUUCCCCCACUGGGCCCCUGAAGGAGGUCCUCGACAUGGUCGAUGGGGAUCUCGAUGGCUGGUGUAACCUAGAAGCCUUUGACUUGGCUGAAGAUAGCCCAAGCCCAGAGCGCCACCAGUUCCGUCUCGAGGGCAGCGCCCUGCAGGAGCUGAGCAAAGGAAGCAAAGGAGAACUCAUACCUAUCUCCCCUGGCGGGGUCACUCCCCCCUCCAUCCUGAGUCACAGAGGUCGCAGAUACGUGGCCUUGUCUCCUGAUGCUAAUAGUGCAAUGACACCUAAGAACACACCAGUGAAAAUUCUACCCUUCUCACCUUCUCAAUUCUUGAACCUGUGGACCAAACAGGAUACUCAUGACCUGGAGAACCCAUCGCUCACCUCCACGCCGGUGUGCAGCCAGAAGGCCAUCGUUACCACUCCUCUUCAGCGAGACAAGACCCCCAUCACUCAAAAGGAAAACUCGGUAUUUGUCACACCCAACCACAAGUCCGAGCUCUGCACAAUGCCACGCACUCCGACGCCGUUCAAGAAUGCCAUGGAGAAGUAUGGCCCUCUGCAGCCUCUGCCUCAGACUCCGAACCUUGAGGAUGACAUCAAUGAAGUCAUCCUAAGAGACGUCGGGAUGGACUUGACGGUCCAACUUCCGACUCUUCCUGAGCAAAGACGCAAGGCAAUGCAUCGACCUCCUGUGAAGAAAGUGCGGAAGUCACUGGCCCUAGACGACUGCCAAAUGAUGCCCACAUCCAAGCGCAAAUCUAAGAAUGAAGCCAGAUAUUGCAGCAUCAAGGAAGAGCCUGUGAUGGUUCACUUAAGCUCCUCAAUUUGCAGUAAAAGCCGUGACAAUAUUUUGGAUCAAGGUUUCCUCGUGGGUCCGUGUGACAGCACUAUAUUUCCCAGUGCGGUGCCUCCAGCUCCGAUGUCCAAGGAGUGGGAGACAGUUGUCUGCGGGCGAACCAAAGAUCAGCUCAUCAUGACAGAGAAAGCAAGGCGCUACCUUCGCUCCCUCAAAUCCCACGCUCCCAACCGAGCCCUGGUGUUGACUUAGCUCGCUCGCACCUUUGUACCAGCUCGUCACACAAACACAACACGGUUCCGUUGUUUGCCGUCGUAGCCCGUUGUGAAGACUGGCCUUGCAAAUGUAAUGACACGUUUGAACAGUGUACCUUAAGUCAAUAACUUCAGUAGUGAUACAUUGAAAUAAUAUCAAGGCUUUUAGAUUGUGUUUCAUUCCAAAGGCCUUUUUAAGGCCUGAAAACCAGAUCAUUCAAUUGCCCUGUAUUGACAGUCAAGCAGUAAGAAAAUACUUCAAACUCAAAAAAAGAAAUCAUUGCUGUCUGCUUUUCAAUGAAAAUUCUUUUACAUUGCAUUUGGCGUCUGUAAUUUUUAAAAAAUCCUUGUGCAAACUAUACUUGGCUUGUUUAACAUCCAAAAAAACGGUUGUGAUUUUGUAUGUGGUGUUAAUUUGAAUUACAUGAACAUUGUCUUAUAUUUCCACACUGAAGUGACUACAAAGCCAUCAAACAGUUGCAUGUGGUAGGCAACGACUGGAUUGUGAAGUCAGGCCUGCAUGGAAUGUUUCAAAUUUAUAGACCAGGUUAACUUGUGUAUAUUGUAAAUAUUCAAUUUGUGGGAUUUUUAUACUUUUAAAGUGUGUCUCAUCUUAGGCCUUAAAUACAUGCUAUUUGCAGCCAUUAUAGAAACAUGUUAAAGCCUGUUUGUAAGUCUUAUGUAAAUGUUUGAUAUCUAAAUGGAGAUGUUGAAUUGAAUGGAACUGACAAGUUAUCAGAUGAGUAUAGUCGAUAACUUCUAACUUCUAUUCUUCCACGUUGGCCACAGCGCUUCAUCCACAUUAAUGUUCCAUUGCAU